AUGAAUGGUGGUUCUAUUUAUGUACGUACAUCUACUGAAGCAUUACCUCAUUUAUUUGCAUUGAUUAGUUCACCAGAUAGUCGUCAUGCACCAGAAAAUAAUAUAGCAACGGAAAAUACAGUUAAUGCACUUCAUCAAAUUUUGUUUUCUUGGUUUCCAAUUGAUGAAGAUACGGAAGAAACAUCAUAUAUUUAUGGUUAUUUAUGUGUGAUUUAA